AUGGCCGAGCAAAAGGCGGCCGCCCCGGCAGCUGGCAUGCUCUGGGGGGGGAGGUUUACAGGUGCCAUUGAUCCUCUCAUGCACAAGUACAAUGCCUCCAUUCGGUACGACCAGGCUCUUUACAAAGAAGAUAUCCUUGGAUCGGUUGCUUUUGCCAGGGCCAACUGGAAGGCUGGCAUUAUCAGCGAAGACGAAUUUCAGGCGAUUGAGCGUGGCUUGCUCCAAGUGAUGGAAGAAUGGAAACAGGGAACCUUCGCCAUCAUGCCGAAUGACGAAGAUAUCCAUACGGCAAACGAACGUCGCUUGGGAGAGGUCAUCGGCAAGGACAUCGCGGGUAAGCUGCACACAGGUCGCAGCCGCAACGAGCAAGUUGUCUGUGAUAUGCGCAUGUGGUUGCGCGAUCGGAUCCGCGAGAUCGACAGCCAACUCGUCGCAUUCCUCAAGGUCAUUAUCACACGUGCCGAGUCUGAAAUCGACUACAUCAUGCCUGGAUACACCCAUCUCCAGCGUGCUCAGCCAGUUCGGUGGUCUCAAUGGCUGAUGUCACAUGCCGCUGCGUUUAAGCAGGAUCUCGAGCGGUUGCGCCAAGUUUUCGAAAGGGUCAAUCUCAGUCCACUUGGUUGUGGCGCUUUGGCCGGCAAUCCAUUUCGAAUUGAUCGAAACGCAAUAGCCGAGGAGCUUGGGUUCAGCGGAAUCACCUUGAACUCCAUGAAUACUUCAGCCGACCGCGAUUUCCUCCUCGACUUCCUGGUCUGGAACUCGAUCUUCACCAACCACAUCAGCAGGUGGGCUGAGGACCUCGUCAUAUAUUCGACAUCUGAGUUCAGUUUCGUGCGGCUGGCCGACGCCUAUUCUACGGGUAGCUCCUUGAUGCCCAACAAACACAACGCGGACUCGUUAGAGCUUCUGCGCGGCAAGUCAGGCCCGUGCUUUCGGUCAAAUGGCUGGGUUAAUGAUGGCAUUGCCAACGGGGUCAUUGCUACGUUGAAGGUGCGGCCAGAGCGGAUGGCGGCUGCCCUGGACAAGACGAUGCUAGCCACUGAUAUCGCGGAGUGGUUGGUGAGGAGGGGAUGUCCGUUCAGAGAGGCUCACCACAUCUCUGGACGCGUCGUUGCACAGUCCGAACAGCAGGAGAUUUCGAUGGACAAGCUGACCCUUGAGCAACUGCAAGCCAUUGACUCUCGGUUCACAGCGGACAUUGCGGAGGCAUUCGAAUAUGAAACGAGUGUCGAGGCGAAAAACUCUAAAGGCGGUACCAGUCGAUCAAGCGUGUUGGAGCAGAUCGAGGUACUCAGGGCUAUGUUAGAUUAG